UGUACUUCUGCUGUCUUGGCAAGAAAGGGAAGUAAACUAACGAGAUCAAGUUGAAUUAUUCUUGGGAAACUCUCAAGUCCGUGUUUUUGACGCGUAGCGGCCACUGCGUCCUUUUCUUUUCAUCGAUUUGUUUUAUUUGUAGCUCAUUGCCAUCGGAAAGAGCGGAGGAAUGGCCACUAAGGGAAGAAGUGGUCACAUGGUGAUGGGAGAUGAUUGUACCAGCUGUCUAUCCAGCAGGUUCAAACCUUGAAUCCAAUAUGCACCCUGCUCUGCCGUGGACUUUCCCCCCAGCUAUGUGUCUUCCUACCUCAGGUCAAUAGCAGGUGUACAGAACCUCACAAACAGAAAAGUGACUCCAAAAUUUCAACCAUGCUUAUUUGUUGAGUCACAAACUGCUCCUAGACAUUUCCCUUUGGUACUGUCUUGUAUAUAUGACAUACCUUUCUAUUCAACCCCUAUCCUCCCUGAGCUUUUAGGCCAUGUUACGUAAAAGAGGCUCUCUCAUUGUUUGUGGUACAUUCCUGUUUGUUACCUGGAAUGCCAUACUGGUUCUCCUUCUAUGGGGGAGGCCACCGUCUGGUCAAUCAGGUGAGCCUGGCAAAGAGCAGAGCAAGCUGGGUAAAGACCCAGUUGUUGAUGUUAUGGAAGAUGUGCUCCGAAUGGCAGACACAUUUGAGGCAGAACUUGAAAUGCAGAAAAAAAUUCUGCUACAGAUCCAAAGUCAUCACUCACUGUGGGAACCACCAAAAGGAAUUGGGCAGAAGGUAGUUCCCAGUCAAACCGUCAUUCCUAUCCUGGUUAUCGCCUGUAACAGGGUCACUGUGAAACGCUGCUUGGAUAAACUGCUAGAAUACCGCCCCUCAGCCGAGCUCUACCCUAUUAUAGUCAGCCAAGACUGUGGACAUGCCGAGACAGCUGAGGUAAUUAGUUCUUAUGGCAAUCAGCUAAUUCACCUGAAACAGCCAGAUCUGUCAGAUAUCGCUGUGCGACCGGAACACAGGAAGUUUCAAGGUUACUACAAAAUUUCCAGGCAUUACCGAUGGGCUCUUAACCAGGUGUUCAGAUCCCUUUCUCAUACUUCUGUUGUGAUCGUUGAGGAUGACCUGGAGGUGGCGCCAGACUUCUUUGAGUACUUUGGAGCGCUACACCCGCUCCUGAAAUCUGAUGUCAGUCUGUGGUGCGUGUCAGCCUGGAAUGACAAUGGCAAGGAUGGUUAUGUGGAUCCUGGCAAAGCAAACCUGCUCUACAGGACAGACUUCUUCCCUGGCCUGGGCUGGAUGCUCCUCAGAGACCUGUGGGAAGAGUUGGAACCCAAGUGGCCAGCUUCUUUCUGGGAUGACUGGCUGCGUCAGCCAGAGCAGCGUCGCAACCGAGCGUGUAUCCGCCCAGAGAUAUCACGAACAUUAACUUUUGGUCGGAGUGGGGUGAGCCUGGGGCAAUUUUUUGACAGAUACCUGCGUUAUAUCAAACUCAAUUCUGAAUUUGUGCCUUUCACCAAAAUGGACCUGAGUUUCUUGAAGGAGGAGAUGUACAGAGAGAAGUUUGAGAAGGAUGUUUACAGUGCUCCUGUGGUGACAUAUGAAGAUGUGAAGCAGGGUCAGCUGACUGGACCUGGGCCCUUUCGCCUGCAGUACUCGACGAAGAACAGUUUUAAAACCCUGGCUAAGAAUUUGGGCAUCAUGGAGGACUUGAAGUCUGGAGUCCCACGGACAGGAUACAGGGGCGUGGUCAGUUUCAUGUCAAAAGGACGGAGAAUCUACUUAGCCCCACCUCCAGGAUGGACCCACUAUGACCCAACCUGGAGCUGAUGAAAGGGAAUGCAGACGGAAAGCCUGUGUGCAGUUGCCUUGAAGUGAUCUACUAGGUGUCAGUGGGAGAGACCAUUCCAUACCAAAGAAUGAAUUGAUUCAAGUUUAUAUUUGAAUAAAUGCUUAAAUGUGGUUUCGCUCAUGCAGUGUCCUUUGAUAAUGAAGAAUGGGUUCUUCUCUCUGGUGUUGGAGUUCCCCCCCCCCCCCAUAUCACUCAGGUCUUUUACAUGAUCCCAAACGUUUUUUACAACGUUGGCUUUAGAGUUACUCAGACAUAACUGUAAAAUUCAAGAGAUUUAUUUUUAUACUAUGCUAAUUGUGCACAUGACAUUGUUUAAGGCAUUUAAUGCUAUACACGCUUUUGUCACUUUUCUUUAAAUUAUAUGCAAUUGUUGGGGGAGCUUAUAUGUGCUAGGUUUUUUAACGAUAAGUGUAUUUUGUAAAUCUGUGGUUUGGUUGCUUAUGGUGGUGGUCAGUGGUAAUAAGUGCAGUAUAAUCCAUCAUUGAAAUGUAAUUAUCUUCACCUUCUGUGCCAUUACUUUCUUCCUCUGUACUUAUCAUUGCACAUGUUUGUUUAAUAACUGUCCAAAGAGUGGACUUUGCACUCGCUGUGCAGAAUUCAUAUUUUUGUGUGUUGCUUUAUUUUUGGAAUAAAGUUGAUACACUGUUUU